UUGCUUGUCUCUGUAUCUUGUUCUCUGAAGAAAUGGAGAAGAUGAUGGCGAAAUCACCAAACGUUAUAGAUCGAGCUGCCUCUUCAGAGAUUUGUAAAAUACCUGAUGCUCUCAUCUUCGUAUCCUAAAGUUCUAAAGUGAAAUACGAGUUUACAGAGUUCUUCGUACCAGAGCUGCCUCAACUUCUGACAAUCAGUGUUAGUUUACACCAUCAAGAUGUUUACAAACAUCACGAGAUAAAUACCCUUCCUCUCUAUACUGAUUUUAUAGAAUUUCAACUCGAUUCAGAAAGAAACCUAAAUUUCUGAAGAUUAGGGUUUUGAGUUUUUUUUACUGAUAAAAACAAAUAUUCAUUUAACCGGUAUGAUUCGAUUAUAUGGGGUUCUCUGUAACUGCUAUGAUUCGAUUUCUGAUUCUUCAUAAACCCUGAUAUUUUUGUAACCGGAAGUAUGUGAAGUACCCAACUAGGAAUUUUAGGGUAGAAUGGUUUUGGACUAAUAAGGUGAAGUAUUUUGAAAAUGUGGAUGUUAAUUCUGGAGGGUUUAAGGCAUUCUGUGACAGAGUUCACGCUGUCUUUGAGUUACCACCAAUUAAGAAAGUUGAGGUAAUUUGGAUUGGUAAUGAUAAGCCUGAGUAUAUGGUUAAUGAUUCUCAUUGGUAUGAUAUGUGGGAUAAGGGUGUUGUUGAGGAUGGGUAUGUGAACUUAUGGUGCAAUGUAAGUGACAGGACUGUGCCUCCUGGUGAUGGAUGUGCUGAGAACUCAGGGAUAACUUACAAGAGAGACUCAACACCAUCCAGAGUUAGAAGUAGUUCAGUAACAUGUAUUAACUAUGCUAAUUCACCAGUCAGACUUGAUCCAGAGAUGUUUUCCACACCUAAGAAGAAGUUUAAAUGCAUUACAUCACCAGAUUUGGUCAGAAGGAGUCCAAGGCUACUCAAGAAAUCUGUUGAUGCAGUGACAAUGAUUAAUGGCAGUAAGAAGAGGUUAUUUGAGAAUGUGGAUGAGUAUGUGAAUGUGGAUGAUGAUGAUUAUGACAAUGUUGUAUUUAGUGCUGAAACAAGACAAGCUGAGUUGGAGUAUGAGAACAUUCAACUAGUUAAUGAUGCUGAAGAUGCCUGUCAUCCAAUAGAUGAUCCCAGAAGUCCAGUUUCUGAUACUGAAGAAAUGGGGAUUGGUGUAUACUGUGAAUUUGUGAACAAUUACUUUGAGGACCACCAAUGGGUUGACACUUUACAUCCACAACAUUAUAUGAAUGCAGUCACUGAAGUACAAGCAAGUGGUGUGGAGCAGGAAGGUGAGAAGGAAGAUCCUAAAGGAAAAGCAAUUGUUCCUUAUGAUACUGAGGGAAAUAUGGAUUACAAUAGUGAUGAUCACAGUUCAAGCUCUGAAUCUGAUGGUGAAGGUGUAACAGAAGUCCAAGGACCCAAUGAGUGUGGUAAUGAGCCAACCCAUCAGAAACUACAUCCAUGGUACAACCAGUUUGAGCAAGUGCAUGGAGAAGAUGUUGAUGCAGAUGGCAAUGGAGAGUUGUUUCCUGAUGCUGAUGGGAAUACAUUGCUCAUGGUUGAUGUUGACACAAUAUUUUUGGGAAUGCAGUUUAUGGACAAAGAUGACUUCAAGAAGCACCUAAGGGGUUAUUAUGCCAUUAAGAAGAGAUUCCAAUACAAGCUUAAGCCAAAUGACAAUGAGAGGAUAAAAGUUAUAUGCAGGUUCAACAAAUCUCAAGACUGCAAGUUCUUUAUCUGGGCAAGUGUUAAACCUGGUGAACCAACAAAGAAAGUGACCUUCUCUGCUACUCAAUGAAGACUAGUUGCUGAUACUUAGAAUGGAUGUUGUGUUGCUUUAGUUCAGCUUCAGUCCCUUGUUGUUUUGGGUUUGUUUUUGAUGUUUGAAUGGAUUUCACUGCAUCUGUUUGCAGUUAACAGACUUAUAUUAGUUAUUAAUGGGUAUUAAUAUAUAUGUAAUUAACUUAAUCUUCUUCCUUUA